GAGCGAGUACCUGGGUCCUACCCAGCGGACAGCUGCGGAUUAGCCACGCUAGCCCAGAGGAUGCUGGAAACUAUUUUUGCAUCGCCCAGAACAGCGCGGGCAGCGCCAUGGGGAAAACGCGACUGGUGGUACAAGUCCCUCCUGUGAUUGAGACCAGCCUCCCUGACCUGUCCGCCAUCGAAGGCUCCCAUGCCCUCUUGCCCUGCACGGCCAGGGGCAGUCCCGAGCCAGACAUCGCCUGGGAGAAGGACGGCCAGCCUGUGUCUGGAGCCCAGGGGAAGUUCACCAUCCAGCCUUCUGGGGAGCUGCUGGUGACAAACUCGGAGGGCCAGGAUGCGGGCACCUACACCUGCACUGCUGAGAACGCCGUGGGCCGGGCCCGCCGCCGUGUGCACCUCACCAUCCUGGCACUGCCAGUGUUCACCACCCUGCCUGGGGACCACAGCCUGCACCUCGGGGACAGGCUGUGGCUUCGCUGUGCAGCCCGGGGCAGCCCCACGCCCCGAAUUGGCUGGACUAUCAACAACCGGCCAGUUACAGGUCUGGGCCUGCUUGGGGCGGGUGGGACAGAGACCCAUGACCCUGGGAGGUCGAGGAGGGAGGGCAGGGAGAGGGACACUCCCUUCAUUAAGCACCUGCUGGAGGGCGUGUCUGAACAGGAUGGGGGCAGCACGCUGCAGCGGGCAGUGGUCACCAGAGAGGACAGCGGGACCUAUGUCUGCUGGGCCGAGAACAGAGUGGGCCGUGUGCAGGUGGUCAGCUUUGUCCACGUGAAGGAGGCUCCUGUCCUACAAGGGGAAGCUUUCUCCUACCUGGUGGAACCAGUGGGGGGCAGUGUCCGGCUAGACUGUGUGGCCCAUGGAGACCCAGCGCCUGACAUCCGCUGGCUCAAAGACGGCCUUCCACUGCGGGGCAGCCGUCUCCGCCUCCAGCUGCACAAUGGCUCGCUGACCAUCCCCAGGACCGAGGCAAGGCGGGGCCUGGCACCUGGGGUGGGGCCGCCCAGGACAACCCUAGGCUUUUUCUGA